AUGCGCCAGCUGCUGUACGUUACGGUACUGCUGUUGGUGCUGCUGCCUCUCUACUGCACCAACGGGCUCGCUGCCACUGGGGGACGCUCGUGUGGCUUCGACGCAGUGAGGAGGAGACGUGGAAAUACUCCCGUGGCUGUGGUGCGUGAAUUGCCAGUAAAGGGUCAGGGUCCAUGGCAAGCAUACACCGCGGCCACAUAUAGCCCUUGGGCUCCGAUCCGCAUCUUUGUCUCGACCAUUGAUCUGGAAGACGAUAGUCGAUAUUGCCCGGCGGCUGGGAGGUAUCGUCCAAUUUACGUUGAUAAACGCUACGUACACUGCCAACCCAAAGACGUCCUCAGGGACGAGCAGAGGAACGCCUUGAUUAACCAUAUUAUUCCGGGAGCCAUGAAGCUCCACCAGGAGCGCCUUCUCGUGAAGCCGUUAAAAGGGACCUUUAAGGUUCCAGUAUUUGGUGAACAUGACACCUGUUCCCAAUUCUCUGUCCCACCAGAGCACUACAACCCAGGUUUCUCCGGAUACGACACGGUGAUGUACGCAGCCGCCGGUCCGCAACACAUGGAAGGUACUGUGGCGUGGGCCAUCAAGUGCGCAACUCUGCCCAAUGGUCGUCCGGUGACAGGUAUUCUUUACUUCACUCCACAAUACAUCACCAAUACCUCGCAAAUGGUACGUGCUGCCGCUCACGAAAUGGCGCACGUCCUUGGUUUCCACGGUGAAGUUUUUAUUAAGCAGAGUGAUAUGUACGCCAGAAGGCUCCGAGGUUUAGAAAAAGUCCCAUUUCUAAAGUGUCCUAAACUUGUGGAAAAGGCCAAGAAGCACUACAACUGCAGCAGUUUGGAUGGUGUUGAGAUGGAAAAUGACGGCGAUGAUUUUACGGCGCUGUCACACUGGGAUGUACGCAGCGCAAAGGAUGAGCUGAUGGCUGCCUUUUCAGGUAUUGGUUACUACACGGCACUGACCAUGGCAGCAUUCGAAUGUACAAGGUACUAUAAAGCAAAUUGGGGUAUGGAAGAAACAAUGAGUUGGGGCAAGGACGCUGGUUGCAGUCUCCAUACGGAUAAGUGCAUUAAAGAAAACGUGACCGAAUUCCCCGAUCUCUUUUGUACUGCUCUUUCUGAAACGCCUGUGUGCACCUCUGACAGACGUGCGCUGGGAAUCUGCACCCUGGGGGUUUAUAACGCUGACCUUCCAGAAGAGUACCGGUAUUUCACAAAUCCCCGUGUUGGAGGUGUUUAUGAGUAUAUGACGGAUUAUUGUCCGUUUAUUUCACCGAUUCCGUAUGGUGACUGUAAAGCUAGCAUUUCAUAUGGUUACCUCGGGAGUCGCAUUGGUCCGUCGUCCUGGUGUCUGAAGGGAGAAUCACUGAUGCUGAAUGGGACGAUUGUUGGGGAUGUGUGUGCGGAGGUACAGUGUGAUAACAAGAGUGUCCAAGUGCGGUACUAUGGCGAUGACAAGUGGUACCCGUGUCCAGAGGGUAAGGUGCUUAAACCGAAUAAUACCUUCACAAGCGGCAGCAUUGUGUGUCCAAAGUACAGGGAAGUGUGUACUAUUGCCGCAGACGGAAGCAGCCGCAUUGUCAAGAAGAUUAUCCCAGAAGCAAGACAUUCCAGUGAUACAGAGAGCAGUAUGGGUCCUACAGUGACUCUGGAGUCAGUGGACUAUAGAACUGAGGGGGAAAUGUCUGACAAAAAAGAAGUAGCUGGGUUUUUUGAGAGAUUUCUUGCGGCCCUCAGUGCCUUUUUUUUGUUUCUACUUGCUCUCUUCUCGAAUAUUUUAAAACCUUGUUUACAUUUAUAG